CCCAUUGCCUCCAUUCCGUCAAGAUUCAUCGUACGUCCGAUGGCGUCUACGUCAUUUUAUAGCAAAGGCAACGUACGCGGCCUGGCUUCGUUGUUGGGAGUAUAAGAUGGAGAGGAAAAGAUUUCGUUCCAAAUGUCAUCAUCUUUCUCUCCCUUCUGCCUGUUGAAAGAAACGGACAACAACCCUGCAUGUCCUUCUCUAACACUCCAGAUACCUUGCAGUCAUGGGCUGUCUUCCAUCAAAGGACGUAGAACUAGCUCCGGGGCUGAUGCCGGACGGGGCCUACCAUCUCGGGGGCGGCGCUUUCGUCGGGGGGCCCAACACUCUCCUGCCCCCGGAGAGAAACCCUGCGCUGUGGCCGACCGACCCAUAUGCGGUAGUGGCGACCCGGCUGCCCUGCGGCUGCACCCUUUGGUCGUUCAAGUGCCGCGAGUGCGGGCACAUGAUCGAGGACGAGGAAGAAAACCAAAAACUGGAUAUUGCCAAGUGCAUGACGUGCAAGGCAAUGCCGGAUCCUGCGAACCCACCCCCCUCGGCGUAUGUCGAAAAGGCCCUGAUCAAAUCGCGGAAGAUAACCUGCGUACACUGCGCGCGCCAAGAGCAAAGACGGCGCAGGGAACGCCGGGUGCGGCCACGGCCAGUCACCGUGUGGCCCGGACCCGGCGCGAGCUACUUUGAGCCGUAGGAGGAAGAUACGGGCUAGGAGCAUGGGAGUGAGGAGCCACGGGUUGGGAUGGGAUGGGUAAAGGAGCUAGCCAAAUGG